ACAAAACACACACCUGUUGAGCUGCUCAGCUACGCUUUGUUCGCGUCCCAAACUGCAACUCUGGGAAAAAUCAAUAAUCUAUGAAACAUAUGCCAGUGAUAGGCGGCUGAUAAGAGUAAUUGGACACGAAGUAAUAGCAUUUCGCAUUAAUCAUACGCCGCGUGUGCCACGCAACGAACUCUACCUUUAAUUACAGCACAGAAUGGCGAACUAAGCGCGACGACCCUGAACUUUGAACUGGCAGUGAACUUGCACGGCACAACAAAAGCAACAAAAUGGCCAGCAAAGGUCGCACUCGCAAGUUGAAUCAGCGCAGCGCACAGCUCGACACGGAGGCCAGUGCAGCGCUGUUGAAGUCAUCGCCCAACAUCUUGGAGAACUUUGAAUACGACGAGUUCCAGGCCCAGGCACACAAGCAACUGAAGCGCAUGGCCACUUUGCCGGGCCAGGUGCAGCGGCCGCCGUCGCCGCGUUUCUGCGAGACGCUGGAGCGGCAUGCGUUCAUGCGGAAUGUGAUUAAUACGCGACCGGAGCCACAGCGUCGCUACUCGACGCCUGGCGAGAAGGAGGCGAACGUGCGACGCAGCCUCGAGGAGAUCUCCAAGGACAUCAGGGAGAUUGAGCAAUUCGUCAGCGCCACGGAGCAGCUAAUGCAGCGCGAAAAGGAGCAGGAGUCGGCCAACAGCCAGCAGCAGCGCAAGCGCGACAAGGAGAACAAGACGCCCAGUCCGGCCAAGCGCAUCUGCUUCAAGAUCAAUGCCUACAAGGCGCCGCAGCGCCGGCAGCGACCCCACAGUCCGCGCUUCUACCAGUCGCGCUUGUACUUCCGCAAUGGACGCAUCGGCUGCGUGGAUGCGGAGCGCUCGGGUCAGGUGAACAACAUCGAGAGCACCCAUGCGCUGGUCAAGCACAUACUGAAGCACGAGAAGCCCUUGGUCAGUCCGGACAGCGUGCGUCGAGUGCUGCAGCCGCAGUACGUGGAGCUAACGCCGCUGCCGGGCGCCGUCGAAGAGCCGGAUCCGGUGGCCGCUCAGCGUGCGGCCGAGCUGCGCAGCGCCACCGGGCAAGUGCUGCUCGAGCAGCAGGCGGAGCCAGAUCAGUGCUCGCAGCCCAUGGAGGACGAAGACGAACAGGACGUGCAGAUCUGUUACAAUGAGUCGCCGGAGCAGCAGAACAACGAUCGCAACCUGCGCACCACGUGCUCCUCCUCGCUCAACGAGAGCGAAAUUGUGGCCGUCGUCGAGGAGCAGCAUCGGCCCAGCAGCGCUGGCAGCCUGGACUCGCAGGGCCAGCAAUUCCUGCGCGAUCAAGUGCGGCAUUUGGUGCGCCGCUUCACGGCGCGCGCCAACAAGGUGAAGUCCCGCAUCGAGCUGCCGCCGACGCCCUCGUCGAGCAGCGCCAGCUCACCGACACCGCCGCCGGGGCAGGCGGCGCUGCAUGCCAGCACCAAGAGCCUGCAUCCAUCGCCGGAGCACAAGGUGCGUCUGGUGCCAGCGGGUCAAUCGCCGCAUCGCGGCCGCCUCUUCGAGGCGGACACGCCGCGCUCCAAUGUCUGGCUCUGCUCGAGCCUGUGCGGCGCCAACAACGAUGAGCGCACGCUGGAUCCGCAGGGCAAGAUCUACAUCUCGUGGCUGUGCGUGGUGUCGCUCUCGUUCCUCUACAAUGCCUGGGUCAUUCCGCUGCGUGCCUCGUUCCCCUUCCAGACCAAGGCGAACACAAACAUUUGGCUCGCCUGCGAUUUCUGUGCCGAUAUCAUCUAUCUGCUGGACGUGGUCUUCUUCAAGCAUCGCGUCAUGUAUCUCUUCGAGGGCUUUUGGGUCAAGAACAAGAACCUGACGCGCAAGAACUACAUGCGAAAGCUGCAAUUUAAGUUGGAUCUGCUCGCCCUGCUGCCCCUGGAGCUGUUCUAUCUGAAGUACGGCACUGGCGCAGUUUGGCUGCGUUUUCCGCGCUUCUUCAAGAUUCAAAGCUUUUGGGAGGUGUUUCGACUCCUGGAUCGCGUCAUCUCCUCGCCACACUUCGUUCGUGUCGCCAAGACGCUAACCUAUAUGCUCUACAUGAUCCAUAUUACGGCCGCGCUGUACUAUGCUUACAGCGACUACCAGGGCCUGGGCCAGAAUCGCUGGGUUUUCAGCGGCAAGGGUCAUCCGUAUGUGAGAUGCUUUGCCUUUGCCACCAAGACGGCGACGUCGAUUGGCAAGAAUCCGAAGCCGGAACGCCAGGGCGAAUAUGUCUUCAUGACGGUCGCCUGGCUAAUGGGCGUCUUUGUCUUCGCCCUGCUCAUCGGCCAGAUCAGGGACAUCAUUUCGACGGCCACGCGCAAUAGGCACGAGUAUCGCCAGCUGGAGGAUGAGACGCUGGAGUAUAUGAGGCGCCUGAAUCUCUCCAAGGAGGUGCAGUCACGUGUCAAAAUGUGGUUCCAAUUCACCUGGGAACAGCAGCGCACGUUGGAUGAGUCGAACAUUUUGGACGCGCUGCCCAUCAAUCUGAAGACGGACAUCGCCAUCUCGGUGCACAUACAGACUCUGUCCAAGGUGCAGCUGUUCGCCGACUGUGAGGAGGCGCUGCUUAGGGAUUUGGUGCUCAAGCUGCGCGCCGUUACCUUUCUGCCCGGCGACUUUGUGUGCCGCAAGGGCGAGGUGGGUCGGGAGAUGUACAUUGUCAAGCUGGGCCAAGUGCAGGUGAUGGGCGGCCCCAGCAGCGACGUCGUCCUGGCCACGCUCACCGAGGGCUCCGUCUUCGGAGAAAUCAGUUUGCUGGGCAUCAAUGGCGCCGAUCGGCGCACAGCCGAUGUUCGCUCCAAGGGCUACUCCAAUCUGUUCGUAUUGUCCAAGUCGGACCUUAACGAGGUCAUCGCCUACUAUCCCAAUGCCCAGGCCAUUCUCAAGAAGCGCGCUCGCCAGCUGAUGCGCAAAAAUGCAGCGCGCGAACGCGAGGAGGAGGAGCGCGAGCGCGCCCGCAGCGCUCUGCAGGCUGACGUCGUCAUUGGCAAUCCCAAGACACCCGAGACGCCGCCCAAGCUGCUGCAAACGGUCAUCCAGGCUAUGCCCUACGAAUCGCCUGCCGUCGUGCUCAUUACGCGUGGCUCGAAGCGCGUGCGUCGCAAGCGCCAGUCGCUGCAGAUGGAGACGAUCGUGGAGCCAACUCUGGAUGUGGCUGGGGGCGCUGAGCACGUUCAGCAGUCGGGCAACAUCAAUCGGGAUAGCCUAACACUGAAGCCGGGCCGCGGCUCGCCCGAUCUACUCUCAUCCAUUCAGCAGGAGCUCAAGUCAAAGCAUCAAUUUAUAAAUCUAACCGAUUCGGAAAAGGCGCUGAUCAUCACGCAGUCGGCGAACAACUCGAUGGAGUGCGUGCAGGAGGAUCUUGAGUAAACGAAACUAUCCAAUGUGCUAUGAAUGUAUUAACUCUGCGAUAUAAAUAUCUCCUUAAACGCUUGAUGAGCCCAAAAUGCUUUAUAUUGAAAUAAAAC